CGGUUGGGGCAUGGUCGGGCGGGGGCAGGAGGUGGUGGGGGAGGCGGAGGUGUACCUGUACGAGGACCCCGCGCACCCCGCGCGGCUCCUGGGGGCGUUCCGCGGCUUCUAUCUGGACGGGCUGUUCACGGACAUCGCGCUUCAGGGCGCCUCGGGAGUCUGCCUCCGCUGCCACAGAGCCGUCCUGGCGGCUUGCAGCAGUUACUUCAAAGCCAUGUUCACGGCCGACAUGAAGGAGAAGGCUAAAAGCCAGGUCAGGCUCCCCGAGCUCAGCCACGCCGUGCUGGAAGCCCUCGUGAAUUACGCGUACACCUCCCAGAUCCAGAUAACAAAGAGAAACGUCCAAAGCCUGCUGCAGGCGGCGGACCUCCUCCAGUUCGCCUCGGUCAAGAAAGCCUGCGAGCAGUUUCUGGUCAGGCACUUGGAUACCGACAACUGCAUAGGGAUGCACGCCUUUGCCGAGUACCACAGCUGCUCGGAGCUGGAGAAGGAGGCGCGGAGGAUGCUGCUGUGGCAGUUCGAAGACGUGUGGAAGCAGGAGGAGUUCCUGGACAUCGGCAAGGAGAAGCUUGCGUUCAUCCUCUCCAGAGAGAACCUGAAUGUCUGGAAGGAAGAGGCAGCCAUCGAAGCGGUGGUGAAGUGGGUGGCGCACGACGUGGAAGAGAGAAUCGAGGACAUCUAUGAACUGCUGAGCUGCAUCCAAAUAGACUUAGAUAACGUGUACUUGAGGUCAGCUUUAAGCCUACAAAAAAAAUGCCGACUUAAUGGUAAUAAAAUCCGGUCACUUGUAUACAACGCCCUGAACCCCAGUCCCAAAGGCCUCUCCAAAAGACCAACGGCCGCCAUGUAUGUGAUUGGAGGGUAUUACUGGCAUCCCUUAUCAGAGGUGCAUGUUUGGGAUCCGUUAACCAACACAUGGGUCCAGGGAACAGACAUGCCAGAUCAUACCCGGGAGAGCUAUGGGGUCACGAACCUGGGACCAGACGUGUAUGUGACGGGAGGUUAUAGAACGGAGAGCAUCGAAGCCCUCGAUACUGUGUGGAUAUAUAACAGUGAGAGAGACGAGUGGACCGAAGGCUGCCCCAUGCUUGAUGCGAGGUAUUACCACUGUGCAGUUUCCCUCAGUGGCUGCAUCUAUGCGUUGGGUGGUUACCGGCAGGGAGCUCCAGUGCAAGAAGCUGAGUUCUAUGAUCCUUUAAAAAAGAAAUGGGUUCCUAUUGCAAACAUGAUCAAAGGUGUUGGAAACGCCACUGCCUGCGUCCUGCAUGAAGUCAUCUAUGUAACCGGAGGUCACUACGGCUACAGAGGAAGCUGCACCUAUGAUAAAAUCCAGAGGUACCAUUCAGGUAGCAACGAGUGGAGUAUAGUCGCCACAAGUCCGCAUCCAGAAUAUGGAUUGUGUUCAAUUACGUUACAAAACAAGAUCUAUUUUGUGGGUGGACAGACCACGAUCACGGACUGCUAUGACCCAGAGCAAAAUGAGUGGAAGCAGAUGGCUCACAUGACGGAGAGAAGAAUGGAGUGUGGUGCGGUGGUCAUGAACGGAUGCAUCUAUGUGACGGGAGGAUACUCCUAUUCGAAAGGAACGUACCUGCAGAGUAUUGAGAAAUACAACCCUGAACUGAACAAAUGGGAAGCAGUAGGUAAUCUUCCCAGUGCUAUGCGUUCACAUGGCUGUGUCUGUGUGUAUAACGUAUAAACACUUGAUUUUCAUAUUGCUGCUACAGAAAACAGCAGAUGCAGUAUUCCUAGUAGUACUGCUUACCUCAGGAGUGAAACAUCAGGUGCAGUCUCUUAGCAGACAUUCAUUAAAAGCUAUAUGGUUUAUCUUCAUCUUAA